GAUGCACUGAGCUGAGUGUUUUUUUUCCCAGUAUUUUAACAUAAGAGCUAGAAGACUUCUGAACUCCCGUUUUUCUCACUUCAACAUUUCUUUUCAGUAGUUGUACAAGAUGGGGAGACUGUACAAACGAAAGGAGUUACGAGAAAGAAGUGAUGAAACAACAGACAUAGGGGCUGGGCUCUCUCCUCUGCCUGGGGAAACCGCGGCCGGCUUGGCCGAGCCUCACACACCUGUUCCUGGUUUGACUGUCCAGGAUGUAGACGGUCGUCAAAACGGUGUUUCCAUAUAUGGGGGGGAGAAGGUCUACCUUGGAGUCCGUGUCAAAAUGCCUGUAAGGGAUCUACUGAGAAAAAUCCGCAUAGCCCAAGGCUGUAAACAUCAAGAUUUUCAGGAGUUACAUGGAAAAACAGUCAAAGUAGGCAACCAACGAGUCAAAACUCGUAAAGGACGCCAAUCGACCAAGACAAAACAACCCACCAAAAGCCUGGAGGAGCUGGCAAUCAUUGUUGAGGUGCUGGAGGAGGAUCUCAGAACUGGCAACACCUGCCAGUCCCCUCCCCAAUAUUUGUCCCCCUCUAAACCUCCAGUGUCUCCUGAGGGGUCUCCAAGUGGUUCUGGGUACAAUAGUGAUGAGUCAGAUGAAAUGAUCCCCAGCCCCCAGUCCUACAUGACCUACUCCCCAGGCACAGCAGAGUACCAGCAAGCCCUAUCCCCUGCAGGCUCCAUGUACACCAGCCUCCAUCAUUCCAACACCAGAAAGUUUGGAAAAGUUGGUGGACGAGAGGAGGAGUGGGCUUAUCCCCAGGUCCACGACUGGAACCUGAACAACUCUGAUUUCUUUUGGGGCCAGCUUCAGAAAGAAGAGAGCCUGCUCAGGGACAUCUCUGACGCUGCACUCCUGGCCGCCGAUGGACACGGCAGGACAGCUCUCCAUGAAGUGGCGUGUGUUGGGAAGAGAGCACUGGGCUAUGCGAUUGCCAAAAGGAUGGCCGCACUUAACAGCCUCAACCUCAAAGACUCUGAGGGAAUGACCGCCCUCCUCUAUGCAGCAAAGCACAACCACCACCUGAUGGUAGCUGAUCUGAUCCAUUUGGGGGCCAACGUCAAUGAGACAAACAACUCAGGAAAGACCUGCCUCCACCUCAGUGCUGAGAAAGGCUACAUCAGAGUCCUGGAGGUUCUGAGACAGAGGAUGAUGGACGGUGUGUAUGUUGACGUUGAAGCCACUGAUAACUCUGGAAUGAGUGUCUUCCAGUGUGCUUCUGUGGCUCUGAAAGCCACAGUACGUGAGCUGGAAAGCAGUAAAUCCAAAAAUCACACCAGUCUCCACACACUUUGCCAAGGGCAGAUGAUGGAAACUCUAGAGUGUCUGCUGCAGAUGGGCAGCUACCUUUAUACCAUGGAGAGCCAGAGUAUACGACCUACAAUUGGUUAAGACUGGUACUUCCGCCCGGCAGGGCUGUCUGGAGACCCAACAGUAAUGUUCCGAGUUGGUUUAGGCUUGAAUUCAAAUGGAGAGGGACCAUAACCAGUGGAGUUUUCUCUCAAAGCUUGAUUUCAGGCCUUUUACGUAAAGCAUUUAGCGUUUUGUGUGUGGAAAAAAUGCCUGACUUGCAAUCAGGUAUUUAUUGUAACCUGCACAGAAACGUUAGGUGCCCAUUAAUUGGUUUCUGUGAAACUUCCAUUGUUUGUUACAUUAGAGUAACAAGAUGUCCUCAGUUAGUGUGUCUGUGAAGCUCAAGAUGUAAAAUCUUCUGAGAAUAUUUUUUUUAAUAUUUAAACUAUUGGCUUGUUAGUGCCAGUUUCAAGGGUCCAAUAGUGUUUUAACCCUCCUGUUUUCCUCGCGUCAAACUGACCCCUUUUUAAAAAGUGUCUAUAUCUGAAAUAUGGGUUUCAAUGGAUUGGAUUCCUUACAACUCUCUUUGCAAAUACAAUUGAUCAGUUUCAUUCCUGACAAAACUUAUCUGUAAGUUCCUCUGAUCUUAACUAUUAGUCCAAAUAAUAAAAUAUUAUAUAUAUACAAAAUAAUUCCUAAUUUCAGCUUUUUUAACUUAAAUAUUAGGUAUAAUUCCAUAUAAAUAAGGGUUAUUGACCAUAAAUUCCCCAAAAUACUGUUAAACUAGUGGUAGAAAGGUAGUUUUAGUAAAAACUAAAAAAAGUCUGAAAUAGGGACAGAAAUGUCAAAUUUUGGCUGUUUUUAACCCGGGAGGACAACACAAGGGUUAAAAGCAUGGCCCACAAAUACCAGGGAAGGAAAAGAGACCUCAAGGUUUAUGUAAUAUUGUAAUAUUAAGGCAACAGUGCAACUGUUUAUUGU